ACAACAAAAGUCAAUUUUGUGGUACAACUAAAGUAUAGACAAAUUGAUUACCAUUUUGUGUGUUGUGUUUGUGUAACGAAAAACACACGACUUUUUUGUUGUUCAGACAAAUGGUUUGUUUGUSUCUUGACUUACAACUGAUGCCAUCAUUUAGUUGCCAUUAAUUGAUUGAAUCCGUCAUUAACUCCGACUAUAGUGUAACAGACAGACAGUCWGACUGACCAAUCAUGUCAUUACUUCAGAAGCCGAAGAGUGAGAUGACUCCCGAAGAGUUGGCCAAAAGAGAAGAAGAAGAGUUCAAUACCGGGCCGUUGUCUGUAUUGACACAAUCCGUCAAAAACAACACUCAAGUCCUAAUCAAUUGCCGAAACAAUCGGAAACUGUUGGGUCGGGUCAAGGCUUUUGACAGACAUCUCAAUAUGAUCUUAGAGUCGGUCAAAGAGAUGUGGACUGAAGUACCGAAACAGUCAAAGGGCGGGAAGAAAAAGGCCAAACCUGUCAAUAAAGAUAGAUAUAUAUCAAAGAUGUUUCUCAGAGGAGAUUCCGUUAUUCUGGUCCUCAAGAAUCCACUCGCCGUUACCGAUGCCAAGCGAUAGGACGACAACACUAUUAUUAUUAUUAUUUGCCGUAAAUGUUAAAUGACUUACAAUUUGCCUGUUUUUUGAUAUCAUUUGACACUUAAUUCAUAAUUUUAAAUAUUAUUAAUUAAGAGUUUGUAUUCAAAUUUCAUUCAUAUUUACAAUAAAACA